GCGGGAAAUUCGUAAACGGUGCAGAGGAUAAAUCUCCCCUGAAAAAGGAUCCCACUCACGUGUUCUUGUUUACAAAUCGAAGGAAUCAGUUCAUCAUCCGUAGCUUCAGCCUGAAAUGACCAAGUGCUUUUGAUCUGUCAGUUCAUAACUCACAAAAUGGUGAGAAAGAAGAUUGACAAUCGGAUACGUGUCCUGAUUGAAAAUGGUGUUGCAGAAGGACACAGAACAAUGUUUGUGGUCAUUGGAGACCAUGCCAGAGACCAGGUGGUGAUAUUGCAUCAUAUGCUGUCUAAAGCUCAAGUCAAAGCCAGGCCAUCUGUUCUGUGGUGUUACAAGAAAGAAUUGGGCUUUAGCAGCCAUCGUAAAAAGCGAAUGCGACAGCUUCAGAAGAAGAUAUCCAGUGGAAAACUUGAUGUCAAGGAAGACGAUCCUUUUGAGCUGUUCAUCUCAGCAACAUCCAUCAGAUACUGCUACUAUGCAGAGACGCACAAAAUCCUUGGAAACACAUACGGCAUGUGCGUUCUCCAGGACUUUGAGGCCCUGACACCAAACCUACUAGCUAGGACCAUAGAGACUGUGGAGGGUGGGGGCAUCAUCACCAUCCUGCUCAACUCUAUGAACUCCCUCAAACAGCUAUACACCAUGACCAUGGAUGUUCAUUCACGGUACAGAACAGAGGCCCAUCAGGAUGUGGUCGGCAGGUUCAAUGAAAGGUUUAUUCUGUCAAUGGCCUCAUGCACGAACUGUAUGGUGAUAGAUGACCAGUUCAACCUGCUGCCCUUCUCCUCUCAUAUCCUCUCCAUUCAGCCUGUACCAGCUAAAACUGUGGAGGAAAGUUUGUCCCCGGCUGAGCAGGAGUUGCGGGACCUGAAAGACUCUCUCCAGGACACCCAGCCUGUAGGGGCACUUGUCAAAUGUUGUCGUACCCUUGAUCAGGGCAAAGCUUUACUGAAGUUUGUAGAGGCAAUAUCCGAAAAGACACUGCGCAGUACGGUAGCCAUGACGGCAGCAAGAGGGCGGGGCAAGUCAGCCACCCUUGGUCUUGCCAUAGCAACAGCAGUCGGAUUUGGAUACUCCAACAUAUUUGUGACUUCACCUAGUCCAGAAAAUUUGAAGACAUUGUUUGAGUUUAUCUUUAAAGGAUUUGAUGCCUUAGAAUAUCAGGAGCAUCUUGACUAUGAGAUUCUGCAGUCCACAAACCCUGACUUCAACAAGGCAAUUGUCAGAGUGAACAUCUUCAGAGAACACAGACAAACCAUUCAGUACAUCCACCCAACUGAUGCCAACAAACUGGGUCAGGCAGAGCUUGUGUGUAUAGACGAGGCUGCGGCAAUCCCCCUGCCCCUGGUCAAGAACCUACUGGGGCCCUACCUUGUGUUCUUGUCAUCCACUGUUAAUGGCUAUGAGGGUACAGGCAGGUCCCUGUCCCUGAAACUCAUCCAGCAACUCCGUCAGCAGUCCUUGACCUUCGGGGGUACAACCUCUGAGGUGAAGAAGACGGUUGCUAUGACAGCCAAGUCUGACAACACGUCAUCUGUGUCAGGAAGAGUGUUGCAUGAACUUGUGCUAAAUGAGUCUAUCAGAUAUGCAGACAAAGACCCGGUUGAGAAAUGGUUGAAUGGUUUAUUGUGUCUGGACGCGAGCGAAGUGCCACGAAUAUCCUCUGGCUGUCCUCUUCCGGAACUCUGUGACCUCUAUUAUGUGAACAGAGACACACUGUUCUCCUAUCAUAAGGCUUCAGAGGCUUUCCUUCAUAGAGUUAUGGGGCUGUAUGUCUCCUCACACUACAAGAACACGCCUAAUGACUUACAACUGCUAUCGGAUGCGCCCGCCCACCACAUUUUUGUACUGCUAGGGCCAGUGGAUGCCAACCAGGCUGGUCUGCCAGAGGUCCUCUGUGUGCUUCAGGUGUGUUUGGAGGGUGAGAUCUCCAAGUCCUCCAUCAUGAACAGCCUGUCUCGUGGGAAACGGGCAUCUGGUGACCUCAUACCGUGGACAGUAUCACAACAGUUCCAGGAUCAUGACUUUCCAAGUUUGUCUGGAGCAAGAGUGGUCAGGAUAGCCACACAUCCAGAUUAUCAAGGGAUGGGUUAUGGUAAGCGGGCCAUGGGCUUACUGGAGCAGUACUAUGAGGGUGGUAUCCAAGACCUGGGGGAGGGGCCUGGGGUUGAAGAUAUGUCAUCCCCCACUGUGGGGGAGGAUGACGUGGGGCUGCUAGAGGAGCGCCUUACCCCCAAGAAACACCUCCCACCCCUUCUUAUGAAGCUCAAUGAGAGACGGGCAGAGAAACUACACUACCUAGGGGUCUCCUAUGGCAUGACCUCCGACCUACUACGAUUUUGGAAGAAGUGUGGGUUUGCACCAGUGUACUUGCGUCAGACAACCAAUGAGUUGACUGGGGAACACUCCUGUAUCAUGUUGAAGGCCCUCAACACAGGAGACACUGACUCGACCUGGCUACCAGCAUUCUGGAAAGAUUUCCGGCGUCGGUUUGUAUCCCUGCUGUCAUACCAGUUCAGAGCCUUCACUCCAGCCAUGGCCCUCAAUGUCCUGCAACAGAAGCAGUUCAAGGAGGAAAACAAGAAAAGCCUGACAAGAAGUGAGCUAGAGAUGUACAUCACCCGUUACGACUUGAAGCGCCUGGAGUUGUAUAGCCAGAAUAUGGUGGACUACCACCUCAUUAUGGAUUUGGUUCCCAUCCUGGCGCGCAUGGUAUUCACUGACCUUAUAGAUGUACACUUCAGUGUCAUACAGUCUGGUGUGUUGUUGGGCCUGGGUCUGCAGCACAAGACCGUUGAUGACCUUGAGCGUGAGCUGGACCUGCCAGCCGCCCAGCUUCUCGGGCUCUUCAACAAGGUGGUGCGAAAACUAGUUCAAAGCCUCAGGGGUGUGCUGGAAGCCCAUGUGGAGCGUGAUAUGGUGGCCAGGCAGGAGUUCACACUCACGCCCGCACAGCAGACCAUUGAUGAGGAACUGGAUGAAGCUGCGAAGGAGGUGAAGGCCAAACAACGUGAACAGAUGGCGGCGCUACGGGAUGGAGAACUGAAACAGUACACCAUCAAGGGCUCGGAACAGGACUGGGACCAGGCCCUUCACAAGGGCAAGAAGGGCCUUAUCAGUGUGAAAAGCACAUUGGCAGAGAAGAGGAAGAUAGCUGAGCCAGAGCCGGAAAAGAAAGACCACUCGAAACACAAGAAGAAAAUGAAGAAGAGACAUAAACCUUAAUGCAGGACUUCCACGUAUAAUGUUGUGUUUUAAAGACAAUGUUGUAUGCACUUAAUAUUUAAUGAGAUAUGAGUGAGAAAAAUAGUGUACAAAAUUGCAAUGUACAAAAAAUAAAACAAUACACAUUAAAAACCCUUGUUUAUU